AUGUCCCUUACCUGUUGGAUGGAGUUUGAUUGGAUCAUUUUGCAGACUGCAGGGAACGAUGUGGCAUUCAGAGAUCCUGUGAACGUUGACAAGAAUCUCUUUGUCAACUUGUCCUCCCCUUCCUCCUCCAAAUAUGCUGUUGUGUCAGACCUUGGGUCGCCACAAGAUGCAGCUCAGCGGAUCUUGCAACAGUACCUGGCAGAGUUCAUGUCAACAAGAAUUGGUGUGCAGAGAGAGGGGGACAUUAUCUCAGCAGAGCAGAGAACAGGGCCAGACGGCAAAUUGUACUAUGAUGUCCAGAUUCGACUCCGAUCCUAUGCUUCUCGUAAUCCACUCGCAGUCACUUCUCAAGAGCGUGACAUGGGAGUGGAGCUGGAGUGGGACAGAUUACUGAUUGCAGUUCUUGGGGUCGCCAACAAGAGACUGUACGAAAUGAGGCUACAGACGAAUUUUGACGUUUCAGAGUCCGAACUGAGCAAAUUGGGACAAACUGCCGUGUCAUUUGAAUGCCAAGAGGUUUGA